GGCUACGGCACUGUUUCCACAGCUGCUGACUCCUUGUCCCAGAAUGGCUUAGCAGAACGACCUCAUUGGACCCUCAAGGAAAGAAUAAGGUGCCUCCUCUAUGCAGCAGGCCUUGGCACUGAAUACCGGACUGAUGCUCUACUUCAUGCAACAUGGCUUUACAACAGAACAUAUCACAGUGCCAUCAACAUGACCCCCAUCCAAGCAUACACUGGCCGUAUUCCCCUCAUGGACAACCUCAUCACGUUCGGAGCAAAGAUAACUGCCAAGCACCCUGGAACAAGGCCCUCCACCACACACCCUUGGACCUACGACGGCAUCUUUCUUGGAUAUGGAAAGACAACAGACAACAUCAAAUACUUUGAUAUUCAUACUGGCACAGACAAGACGGCUCGACAUGACUCCAAGGAUGAACUACAAUACGGAGAUGAUCCCCUCAAUAGAUCUCCAGCUGCUUCUCACCUCCUGAGUGUAUUCAGUGAAGAUGACCACAAAGCACACACUACAAAUAAUAAUCCAGAGACCAUCCCAAUGACACUAACAAACACCAACUCCAGGUCACCCGCCACCCUGAUAAAGGAUAUCAUCCAUGACUCUCCACCCAGCUAUACUGCGGCAGCCGCUGCAAAAGUCAGUGCACACCACAUUCUUAGAACCAAAUUCGAGCGACCAUAAAUUGCUACUCUCAUCCCUGAACUUGAGACCCUGGAUAUCUCCACUAACAUGUACGUCUAUGAAACUUCCCAUACACUUCCCCUCCAGAAUACCAAUGCGUUUCAUCCUACAAUGGGAUUCAUUGUUGCUCCCCAUCCCGAUAUUACGGGAGCUCUGGAAGUCACAGCCCUUCAAGUAGGCACCAUUGCACAUGCCCAUAUACGUAACUGGAAGCGACGCCUAAGGGGCACUAUUAUCACUUCAGUGGAUGGCAACCAAAUCAAAUCCUACGAUGACCUCAUCAACAUCAUUAAACAUGCGAGAGACUCGCAUAAGCCUGCUAUCAAAUUCACGUUUGGCUCACUUACUGGCUUAGCCCUGAGUGUGUCCCUACUCUACAAGCGGAUCAACUUAAUGUAAUUGCCCACCACCUACACCCCCUUAACUUCAACCAGGAUCUGUGGCCGGACAAAAUACAAUGGCCCUUGGCUAUUGACUCACCUGCAAUAGCCAAUGAACGUGUCCGAGUGGCAAAACUCACACGUUCUAAACUCAAAGGCACUGUUAAAUGGGAAGGCUUUCUUAAAUCUGAAUGGAAACAGCUCAAUCGAUACCACAAAGUGGGCAUGUUUGGAGAUCCCAUUGCACCUACUUCAGAUAUGACAAUACUCCCCUGGGUCUGGACCUAUCUCAAGAAAGAGAAUCCCCUCACAGGCAUAGAUGAGCCUAAAUCACAGGGCCCAUGCAACGGCGGCAAAAGAUAUGGCCAAGCUGUUACUCUGGCUGAAACCUAUGCAUCCUGUGUUGAACAACCAAUUCAUCAACUCACUUGGGCCCUUUCUGCUGCGUUAAAUCUAAAAUGUAUUGGAUAUGAUGUGGGCAAUGCUUUUGCUGAAGCCCCGGCCCAUAAGAGCCCCUUCUUUAUGUGUGUCGAUGACCCAUUCCAGCAGUGGUGUACUGAAUGCCUCAAACGCCCCCCCAUCCCAUAUGGUCAUGUGAUUCCCAUACUUAAAGCUCUCCAGGGUCAUCCCGAAGCUCCGCGUUUAUGGGAUAAUUAUAUUUCAAAAUUACUUAUCAUGGAGCUUGGAUUUAAGCCAACAACACACGAACCUUGCCUAUACUACAAACAUGAUGAGACAGGCAUAACUCUCAUUCUCUGACAAGUGGAUGAUUUCCUUAUUGCUAAUAAACACGAGCAUGUAUGUGAUAACAUCAGGGAUCUUAUUCAACAAAGAAUGACUAAUCCCUUAAAUGUACUCGGCACUAUCCGUAAAUUCAAUGGCAUACAUGUACAACAGACCAGAGACUUCAAUCACCUCCAUUGUGCUAAAUACAUUGAAAAGAUAUGCGAACACCAUGGAUGGCUACACGAUACUACCUACAAGCUUCGUAAACGCCCCAUACCAAUGCGAGAGGACUCCAAAUACUUAACACAGCUCCAGUUAGCCUGCGGCCCAACAGACCCAUCUGAUGCAAAACGCCUAGGAAAGACCAUGGGCUUUAACUAUUGACAAUGUAUUGGAGAACUCAUCUAUGCCCUUACCAUCUUUCAAAUUGAUAUCUCUGUUGCAGUUAUUAUCCUCAGCCAACACUCACACAAUCCCUCUAAAAUCCACUUUGAAGCAGUUCGCCACUUGUUUGCAUACCUCCUUGCCACUAAACACGAGGGCCUUACAUACUGGCAACCACAACCACGUAUGGAUCUCCCACAAACCCCUCUCCCACAGCCCCUAUCUUCCCCGGCUCAACUCACAAAAUUCUACCAAAGCACCAGUCCCCUUCAGUUGCAUGGUUCUUGUGAUACUACUUGGGCCUCAGAUAGACUUCAACGCUGCUCUAUGGGUGGUAUUAUCAUGAUGCUUGCUGGGGCUGCUGUCUAUUACCGGACACGGCUCCAACCCACCAUUGCUCAAAGCUCCACUGAGGCUGAAUUCACCAACAUGGCUGAUGCAGGCAAAGCAGCGCUAUAUCUUAGAUGGAUAAUGAUGGACGAAUUACAGCUCCCUUUACUCACUCCCACACCUAUUCUAGCAGACAAUCAUGGAGCUGUUAGAAUGGCUAAUGCUCAACAACCAACUCGAAGAACGCGACACGUUGAGAUGAAACACUUUGUUAUCCUUCAAUGGACUGAUGAUGAAUUUAUUGAGUUUAUCAAAACAAGAUCAGAUGAGAACUACAGUGACUCACUGAGCACACCCACUGGUCGAAUGAAAUUCUACACCCAUACAGAUGUAUUUAUGGGUAGAAUACGACCCCCCUACUUGGUACUAUCAGACACACAACAAUAUACCUCGAAUGGUGCGGAUACGCCUCUUUCAACUAACCAAAGAAGAAGUACCUCAAUUAGUGAGGCUAGGGCCCCGUACCAACUUUACGACAUCAUACAAUCUCCACUUGCAGCAAUCUAAAUCCUCUCGUAGAUCUCCUACUAUCACCAGAACAUGAGGAUAUUGACAUAAUUGACCAAUUCGACUCUUUAGAUUCUGCAAGUGUGGGGGUGUGAGAGGUAGUACAGACACCAGAAUCACGAGUAGCUAGUGAAUAACCUCACUCUUUAUUGUAGACCACGUAUUCAUGUACACUAAGGAGCCUAUCAACAUUUCACAUACUGUACUCACUGCUCACUUUCGGAGCGUGUCGUCAUCACGCCUUCCACAGUUUUUACCCAUGCUUCACAAAAAACAUGUCAGAUCGAUCCGAAGACGGAACAAGGGUCAAUCUCGUGCCGAUCAAAAACAGUACCAGGGUUACAGAACUGUUUGUCGCAUUCACGAAAAAUUAUCAUGUUCCUCAAAUAAAAUGAGAGAGCAAAUAGAUACAUAAUCCCACGAAGAUGACAGUUUCGAGAAAUCCAGGACGAGAGGAGUGCCUUUAAAGUGACGAGUAACAGUAGUGUUCGAGCAAAUAUUUGUUGACUCAAAUGAGAGCAUGUGUUGGUUGAAGAAGUGAAAUUCGUUUGAGGGAGACAUAAGUUGUUCUUAACGAUUUCUCUAUYGAACAUCGAAAACGGGGAACCAGCCAUGWUUCUAAAAUUCAAUGAUGACUCAAUUGGAUAUUUAAUAGGAAGGCCCUAGCAAUGCAGAAGUAGGCGGUAGAUGAUUAUCGUUCGAAUCAAUCUUUCGAAAUAGCACGAGACUUUUGGAUUUGUGUCAUGAAUGAUAAGCAAGGAUCACUCCGAUCCAAAUACAUCCACAUCACGAUACUUUCCAGUAACUUUGGCGCAUCUGUGUUGCUUUUAUUUCCCCGUCAUUCAUCGCACAGGUCGAAAAGUCGUGUGUUAUUGAAAGAUUUGUCUUCAGAUGGACAAUUCUGCCACAAGAAAGUCUGAUUGCAUACCUUUGCUGUUGCAACAGGAUCUUCGAGCAUCGAUAGCGUGYCACUGCACUGUAGAUUUUCCUUUGUGCUCUACAAAUAAUGACUUGUUGGGUUACACUUGUCCGUCAACCUACGAUCGGAAUACUCUGAUUUGGGACAACUAAUCUCCAUUUUGAUAAUUUGUCGAGCACGUGGGAAAGUCUGCAUUUCGCCAACAAACCAGAAUGAAUGAAUGAAUGCAAAAUAGUCUWUCUAUGUAUGCGUUGUCCUCGCGUUGGCUCGUUUUUCUGAGAAUGAGAAUUGACUGUUGUGUUUCCCUCUUGUUUUUAUCAAUUCUGCUUUGAAGACAUGAAAGUAAGAGACAAAAGAAAGGACCUCCCGUUGAAAGAAAAUUUGGUGGAAAGAGGUAAACAAAUCAAAAGAUAUUCGACUUUAUUGACAUUUGYAUCCAUCAGGUCAUGGCAUUACGAGGGCGGAGAUCAGAUUCCAAGAAGAGUUAGMACGAUUUGGUCACCAUGAAGGAUCGAGUCCGAAAUAAACUUACCGAUGUCGAAURAUCAACUUUGAAGCUCCUCUAGAACAAAUUCAAAACAAACUUUGUGCUGAUUUUUAUGAUUCCAUUUGGUGGAAUUCCCACUGACRAAAUUCUGAUGACUGUUUUGUAUGCCGUAAUCAUUACACGAAAGUUUAUUUCAGUGGGUGAUAAAGACUAGAUCGGUGUACUACAUAUUUUAUCCAGAUUUACCAACUUGAAUGAAUUUCACCACAUUCCCCUGUGGCAACAACAGCAACUCAUAUUCGUUCGACAAAUCUGACCUAGCUAGCUUGAAACGUUGCAUACGUUUCCUGGUUCAGUCAUACACAUU